AUGGCCAAGUUACUGUUGGUGUUUUUGGCAUUCUUUACUAUAAAUAUUAUAGCAGCAAGCAAGAAUGAGGGCCGGGCACAUCGAGAAAAACUCGAUUCAUCAGAUUCGGAUCAAAAGCUAUCCCGAGUCCAACGAAAAUAUUUUAAAUUUUGCUCGAAUUCUACAGUAGCCCAAAUGUAUUUGAAAGAAAUUCUUUCAGUUGUCGAUAUUCUUCAAGCAAAUUCAUCAUACAAUACGAUUUUAAACUUGCAAUUAACUAAUUUCAUUGCAUACUUAAAGGAUACCAAAAACCAAGAGAUCUUAUCGAACGAUUGUCAAGCUUUUCUCAAGGGUCUUAAGGAAGCAAAUAAAGCUGAUAAAACCAUUCAACGUCAACAAAAGAAUAUGGCAACACUUAUUCGUAAAAACCUCGAACAAGCUGCACGUUCUGUUACCAAUGGAAAAGGAUUUUAUGACUUAGACAGUUAA